AUUUAUAUAUUUGACGUACGUCACAUGCAAUAUUCUUAUAUUAGAAGACACACGUGUAUUAACCUUUUUUUCUAAAUUUCUAUUUCCCCGUUUCCCGUUUUCUCUAUUCUUUGCUUUUCCCACUCUUUAUACCAUCCGUUUAUUUGAGCCAUGGGUGAAUCACGUACUGAAUUGUUGGCUUGGCUUAACGAUCUUUUACAGACCAGAUACACAAAGGUUGAACAAGCAGGAACAGGUGGUGCUUAUUGUCAGAUUUUCGACUCCAUCUAUGGUGAUGUGCCUAUGAGUAAAGUAAAAUUUGACGCUAAACUUGAAUACGAGUUUAUCAACAACUUUAAAAUUCUACAGAAUGCCUUGAAAAAGCACAAGGUGGAUAAGAAUGUGCCUGUGGAUCGUUUAAUAAAAUGCAAACUUCAAGACAACUUGGAAUUUAUGCAAUGGGUAAAGAGAUACUGGGAACAAAACUACCCUGGAGGAGAGUAUGAUGCUUUAGGUCGUCGUAAAGGAACAGUGCCCACCGUGGCUUCCUCCACUCGAACGACAACGACGACGACGAGCAGCUCACCUGGAUCUGUCGUCUCCUCGUCUGUUGGAGGAGGAAGAGCCAGUUCUACCAAUAGAAAGGCUACAAAAACACCAGCUUCGCGUAGUGGCAGUCGAGGUGGCGGUGGGCGUACAAGUGUUUUAGAUAACCAUUCAGCUUCCAUGAUUAUUGAUUUAAACAAACAGAUUACCGAGCUCAAAUUAGCUGUCGAUGGACUUGAAAAGGAACGCGACUUUUAUUUUGGAAAGUUGAGAGAAAUCGAGAUUGAAGUGCAAGAGAAUUUAGAACAAAUUGAAGUAGCCACGGCAGAGAAUGAACAACCACCUGAAGAACAUGAGGCGUAUGCUAUUUUGCGUAAUAUCCAGAAUAUCCUGUACAGUACAGAGGAUGGGUUUGAAGUCCCUCCUGAGGAAGAAGAGGACAUCUUGGCAGGCACCACGCAACAAGCACCAGGAAGAGCAGAGAGAGAGGAAGAGCAGCUUCUUCAUCAUCAGCCAGCAGUGAAUGCGUUAGAGUAUGAUGAUGAAACUUUUUAGAUUCGACUUGAAAAGAAACACCCCGACUAGGAAAUGAUACACACACACACACAUAUAUAUAUAUAUACUAAAAAUUCUAUUCCCCCCACCUCCUCAAAAAUAUAGCUUUUUUUUUUUUUUUGUUUUU